UGGCUGCCCUCAUUUACCAUUCUUACGUAAUACAUAAUGCAUUCACCGAGCUGCCAAUGUUUUGUAUGGAAAUCUUUGCUAAUUAUGAAGACGUUACGUCUCAGGUGGUGCAUUCUCACCAAUGCAACCUCCACCAACCGCAGCAACAAAUGUAGAGCCUACAACUACCACAGCAGGUCUGACUUCUACAACUGUAGAGCCUACAAUAUCAGCCGGUGCGACUUCUACAGCUGUAGAGCUUUCAACAACAACAGGUCUGACUUCUACAACUUUAGAGCCUUCAGCAACAACAGCAGGUCCAAUUUCUACAACUGUAGAGCCUACAACAACAGCAGGUCUGACAACUACAACUGUAGAGCCUACGACAGCAGCAGGUUCAACUUCUACAACUUUAGAGCCUUCAACAACAACAGCAGGUCCUACUUCUACAACUGUAGAGCCUACAACAACAGCAGCAUGUCCGACUUCUACAACUUUAGAGCCUUCAACAACAGCAGGUCGGACAUCUACAACUUUAGAGCCUACAACAACAACAGCAGCAGGUCUAACUUCUACAACUUUAGAGCCUACAACAACAACAGCAGGUCUGACUUCUACAACUGUAAAGUCUACAACAACAACACCCGAUCCAACUUCUACAACUGUAGAGCCUACAACAACAACAGCAGGUCUGACAUCUACAACUUUAGAGCCUACAACAACAACAGCAGGUCCAACUUCUACAACUUUAGAGCCUACUACAACAACAACAGCAGGUCCAACUUCGACAACUGUAGAGCCUACUACAACAACAACAGCAGGUCCAACUUCUACAACUGUAGAGCCUACAACAACAACAGCAGGUCCAACCUCUACAACUAUAGAGCCUACAACAACAAAAGCCGGUCCAAUUUCUACAACUGUAAAGCCUACAACAACAACACCUGCAGGUCCGACUUCUACAACUGUAGAGCCUACAACAACAACACCAGUUCUUACAACUACAAAGCUUCCAGACCCUUGUGAUGGAAAUCCAUGUGGCGAUGGGAGCACCUGUGUGCCUCGUUUUCCUCAAAACUUUGCAUGCUUGUGCUUAGCUGGUGAGAACUACAAUUAUGACAGCAGAAGAUGUGAAAGUG